AUGGACGCGCCGAUGACGAUGUUCGAACCACCGAGCGCGUGUUACGGUUGUGACGGAGGCGCACAUGGAAUUUCCCCGUGCCGUUGCGGAGCGGUGUCGUUCUGUGCGCGUUGUCGCGCUCGAGGAGGGAUCGAGCGCACGCACGAGUGCGACAUGUAUGCGCGGUACGUUAGAGACGCGCCGUCUGUUCGGAGGCGGUGCUCGAGGCCGGCUUGGGCGCAUGAUGAUUCUUGCGACGAUGGCGAUGGCGACGACGGCGACGACGACACAAUCGAUGCCUUCUCUGCCGAGCGUCUCGGUGACGCUUCGCAGAUGAACCGAUUAGGGCUUUUUGCUGACUACGUGCGCGUCGAAGGCGUCGAUGGGUUCGAGCGGGACGCCGCGUUUAUGGAUCGAUAUUUUCACGCAACGUUCGGCUCGGCGCUUUCGCUCACGCACGCGUUGCGUCGGUUAUAUCCCAGCGAGGAAUUAACCACGAGCGACGGGGCAUUUAAAAUCAUCGUUUUGGGAGCGACCGACGCGCACGAGUACGCACGUUGGAGAACAUUCGGAGUUCUCGGUUGUUUUCUCAGUCGUGCGAUCGAAAUCGUUCUCGUCGGUCCGGCGUUGACGAGCGACGGUGAGACGUUUUCCUGCGACAUUCCGUUCACAAACAAUUCCGUGAGUGGUGCAGUUGGCGCAAGACUUAGUGUGCGCACGCGAAGAGGGACGUUUCCAAAGGAUAACGAUGAUUUUCACGACAGCGAUUUAUUUGUCGCGUUUAACGCUGGGCUUCCUGUCGGUUUUGAUUGGAGCGACGCCAUCGAAGCGAUCGUAGGUUAUCAUCUCGAGGGGAAGUGCGCAAGAGUCGGUCGGCGUACGCAUCCACCGGGACUUUGGGUGAGUGACGUUAACGCCGAAGCAACGAGAUGUGCGUUUGAAAUGCUGCAGAUCGUCGUCGAUCGACGUCUCUCCGACGUACGCCACGCUGAUCCCGAGUUCAUCGAGCCGUACCUCAAUCCACACAGAUCGCCCGUUUUUCGGCCAGCUUCGGGCACAUGCGCGCUCCCGUCGUGUUCUAACGCGUUCGCAUUCGCCUUCAGGGGUCUUGCUAAGCAGGUGUGA